AUGUCAAAACCCAAAUCCAACGUCGCCCUCCUGACUGAAGGAGCAAGCUAUAUCCAAAGAGCAAAGAAAGCUAGGAGGGAGCAAGUGGAGGAAAUCAAAUUUGAUGACGAAGCGAGACGAGAAUGGUUAACAGGGUUCUCGAAACGUAAGAAGGCCAAAGCAGAGGAGAAGAAAGCGAGAGCCAAGGAGAGGGAUCAUCUAGCUCAUUUGAGAGAACGUCGAGAGGCCCGAGCGGAUCUGAGGAAGAAAGCAGCUGAAAAUGUAAAAUCCGUAAGGAGAGCUAUGGGUUUGGAGGAUUUAUCUGAUGAUGAUGAUGAAGAAGAUGAUGAAGACGAUAACGAGAAUGAAGCUGGACCAGGCCCAUCUUCGUCUAAAAAUGCAGAAGAAGAAUAUUCAGAUGAAGAUCAAUUAGCUACUGUGACCAUAACAGAGGAUUUCGACCCUUCGUCUAUACAAACUGAUUUCAAUAUGAACGACUCGGAUGAAGAAGAUGAAGAGGAUAACUUACGAAGUCAGCAGAAAGAGCAGAAAGAGAAGCCAAAAGAGAAACCAAAAGUCAAGAUGUUACCUCCAAGUAGUGCUAAAUUGCAGAAACUCCGUGAGAAGAAAAAAGCAGAAAAGAAGAAAUCUACUUCUAUGGAGACUGCCUCAGAGAGGAGGAAGGGAAGGGAGAUGGAGGCCAGGAGAAGGACCAAGAAAGCUGCGCUGGCUAAGGAACGGGAUGGUGGUGGUGGUGGAAGGGGAGGCGCGAGAGGUGGGAAAAGAGGGAGAGGUAAGGGGAGGAGGUAA